AUUGAAAAGAGCGGGAAGUUGUAAUACUGCGGUACGCAUGCGUUUAAAAUGAACAGUCUAAGAAAUAUUGCAAAUGUCGGUAUCAUAGGUGGAGGUUUCAUUGGUGCUGCUGCAGCUCUUACUUUAGGCUUGUCUCAGUCAUUAUAUACAGUGGAUGGAGGCCAUCGAGCAAUCAUGUUUAGUCGUAUUGGUGGAGUGCAAGAUGAAAUAUUUACCGAAGGCUUACACUUCAGAAUCCCGUGGUUUCAGUACCCUAUUAUAUAUGAUAUUAGAUCUCGACCACGAAAAAUAACGUCACCAACUGGCAGCAAAGAUCUUCAAACGGUUAACCUCACAUUGCGCGUAUUGUCUCGACCUGAAGUGUCACAGCUUCCACACAUCUAUCGUACUCUGGGGACUGAUUAUGAUGAACGGGUUUUACCAUCCAUAGUCAAUGAGGUUCUAAAGGCAGUUGUUGCUAAAUUUAAUGCUAGUCAGUUAAUUACUCAGCGUCAGCAAGUAUCAUUGCUGAUUCGCAAACAGCUUGUCGAAAGAGCCAGUGAUUUCCAUAUAAUUGUUGAUGAUGUCUCCAUCACUGAUUUAACUUUUUCACAAGUUUACUCUGCUGCUGUUGAAGCAAAACAGAUUGCUUUACAAGAAGCACAGCGUGCGCAGUUCCUCGUAGAACGUGCGAAACAAGAACGUCAGCAGAAGAUAGUUACUGCUGAAGGUGAAGCUCAGGCUGCAAAACUGAUUGGUGAUGCCCUUUCUCAAAAUCCCGGAUAUCUUAAGCUUCGGAAAAUAAAAGCGGCUACGCAAAUUGCUCGAACGGUUGCUCAGUCUCAAAACCGUGCAUUUCUACAUUCUGGCUCUUUGAUCCUCAAUGUUGCGGAUCCUAAAUUCGACGCUGGUCUGGAUGUCUUGAAGAAAAAAUAAAUUGAAGUGUUGGAUAGUAUUAACAUCUUUAAAAAAAUCUUAGACUAGCAUUUCCGAAUGUAUUUUGUACUGUGUUACGUUCCUUAAUUUAAUUGAACACUAUUUCUGUGAAUACGAUUGAUGUACAAGCAAAUAAAAUAAAAAUCUUAUCUUG